AUGGAGGAAGAUACCCCCGGACCUGAAGGCCCUAGGUCCAUCCCUGUCCUCAGUACUGGGGACAUUGAGCAGACUGUCGAGAUCAUUCAGCGACUGUACAGUGCUCAAACGUCUGGUCAGCCGUCCCUAGCCGAUGAAUUACAGCGAGCUCUCCAAGGGAUUCAAAGUAGUCCUCAAGCGUGGGGCUUGAUAUCGGGUCUGUCGACUCAUGAGGACCCCAACUUGCGGUUCUUUUCGGCCCAUACUGCUCAAGUCAAGAUCUCACGAGAUUGGGAGUCACUUCCUAGAGCUCUCCAACCUGCCCUUCUUCAACUCUUACUCGAGACACUGACUCAUGCCAUCUCGCCCGCCAGACCCUAUUCAUAUCAACCUGGAAACUCUGCAGUGGUCCGCAAGAUCUUUGGAUCGCUUUCAUCUCUCCUUCUCCGCCUCCCUUUUCAUCUUUUCCCAUCACCUCUCCUCACGGUGCUAUCGGCCAUCUCUGAUACCGCAACUACCUCUUCCUUACCUCCGUCACUACCUGGCUCGGGCUUCUCCACCCCCACGACGACACCCGGUGCCAUAGGCCGUCGAAUGCGAAGUUAUGGUCUAGAAUGGCUAGGGAUAUGCGUGGAAGAGAUCUCUCGAGCUGGUAUAAGCGACUAUAAACGGAAUGCUUUGAGAAAACACUUGGAAACGGAUAUGCCUAUAGUCAUGGAGACCAUUCGAGGGUCGAUGAACCCAAACUCGGGCUCAGACCUGAUCCCACAAGACAACGUGCAAGAAGCGUCCGCGGCCUGUAAAUGCGCAGAGGCCUGGAUAGAUUAUGGUCUAGGCGCAGACCAGCUCACGGCUCUUCUACCUUGCUUGUACAAUCUGUUACCUCUUCCAGCAGCUUCGUCUGCCCUUGUCGAGGCACUGUCGGAGAGCGUGUUCCGAUAUGGAAAGGGCACCAAGGUCUUGACUGAGCCUCUUUUGGAGUGGUUCAUAGGACCUGGACAAGCCUACUUGGAUAACUCGCCAGAUCCUGAAGAGCUCUUUGGUCUGGCAAAGCUUUUGUCGGCAUUGAUCGAGCAUUCGACAGAAUGGCUCGUCACUCGAAUCAGGGAGGAUCACGUACAGCGCCUUCUGAGUCUGUUGUUACGUCUUACGGGAUGGGACGGGAUCGCAGGCGUCGAGGAGAACGUUUCAGAGGUCACACUACCGAUCUAUCCCUUGAUUCAAGAAGCCAUCAUGGAAUCGGACGUUUUUCAAGCUCCACACGAGGAGUCCCCGUACUGGCAAGUCGCCAAGCAAUUUUUCACCCAACUCGUCAACGUGACCAGACGUAAAGUCCUGUGGAGGUCAAUGGAUAAGGAAGAUAGAGAGACAUUCGAGUCAUGGCGAAGGGAUGCUGGCGAGGUCAUUGUCUGCGCAUACUAUAUCCGUCGUGAUGAGAUGUUGGGUGCUUUGGUUCAAGAGGCAAUCGCCGCAGUCGUGGGACCUUGGGAAGAACUCGAGGCUAUACUUCAUUGUAUUCGAUACUCUGCGGAAGGCGUGCCACUCGGCGAGGACAAGAUCCUCCCAAUAUUGUUUGGCCAACUUGUCGGCCGCAUACCGAACGAACCUAGACUUCAAAGGACCGUCAUAGCCACUAUACGUGAGUUCCUAAAAUGUCUCCUCAGACUCCAACUGAACAAGCCAGAGUCAUACGAAGAAUGGUUCAAGUUUCAUCCUGAUUAUCUUUUGCCUGUUCUCUCGUACCUGGUCUCUACAUUAGUCUCAGCGCGACCCUCUUCAAGUCUGUCUCGCGUCUCGGCCGAUGCGCUGUCAGCAUUGUGCGAUAUAUGUCGCACAAAGCUUGUCCAGCAUAUCGACUCAUUUUCGCAACUCCACAGCAAGAUCGGAGACCUAGGCGGUGACGAGCAAAUAAAAGUCAUUCAAGGGAUCACCAGUGUCAUCCAAGCGCUGACACCGAGAGCCGCUGUUGGACCAGUCGAGAGCAUUAUCUCGCCCAUAUUAGAUCGCCUUGCGGCUGCGUCCGAUCAUCCAAGCAUCGUCAAGAACUCGGCCGCCCUAACAGCCUGCUUCAAAGGAUUGGCUCCGAGUGACGACGACAUGUUUGACCUGGAGUCUGAAAAGUCUCAGGCGGAAAAGGAUCGUGCGGUCCUGGAGGUGCAAGGCGACAUGGCGUCACUCCGUGAGAGGAUCGAGACGACCAUUGCGCAAGUGGUGGAACGCUGGGACGGAGAUGCUAUCUCAUCCCUUAUCAAACACUCCGUCAUGUCGUCUUCACCCACUCUCGUCUCGUUAUCUCCAUUACCGCUCUUACGCCUCGUCACAUCUGCAGCUGAGCGCUCACCUUCUGGGAUAUGGUUCUCCCUCGCCUCGACACUGGUUCUCAGGCUAAAUUCUCCGCCAUCUCCGCUGACCAUGAAGAAGGAUCGUACGGCUGAAGAGGAGGAAUCUCAUCGUCGACAAGAAAUGGAACAAUGGAACGUCGUUGGAGAUACGGGUUCGAGACUGGUCGUCAUUGCCGGCGCAUUGAUCAGUUCAAGAGAAUCUAUGAGAGAUCACCCUGACAUGGUAGAGACCUGGUUCAAGUUCUGCUCAGCGAUAUCGACCCGUUUCCCUGGUGUUCUCAUGCGUUUACCAAGGGAUCUGCUCCAGAUCUAUGUGGGUAUCGGCGUGGUGGGCCUCAGUGCUCAGGAGCGAUUCUCACUGAAAGCAACGUGCGACUUCUUCAUCUCUCUCAUGGCUUCCACCAAGUACCCCUCGCCGCUUGAGGAGUCCACCAUUUCCCUCUUGCAGCACUUUGGAAGUCAGAUGCUGCGCGCCAUCCUGCUUUCCGCUGGGUCGGAAGGUCCACGCAGUGUCAUUCCGAAUCUUGCCGAACUGCUUGCGGCGUUCGUCCAGCGGGUGCCUGGAAUAGAUGUGGGUACAUGGAUGUCGGAGAUUCUGGCCGAAGAUGGGUUCCCCGAUCCUCGGGCAACGGACGAUGCAAAGGAGAGACUCAAAGACAUUGUCACAAGAUCACGGACGACCAAAAAGAUGCGGGAGGCGCUCAAUGAUUUUGCGCUGGUCUCGCGUGGACUGGCCAACACGACGUACGGUAAUGCGACGAUCAUGUAG